CAGGGAGGGCUGUGCGCGCCGACCAGACAGAGUCAGUCAGCGGGACCAGGGAGCUGCGCGUAUCGGACAGAAGGAGUUGGAUAAAGCGCACCGGCUCGGUGCAAGUAUUUGCUCAUUUUUCUUUCCCGUGUUCUUUUCCGCUGCGUCUCCUAUGCUGGAUGCUGGACGCAAUCCAUCCCCGCGUCAACAACACACCUCUGACGGACAAACCAUGGACAGUCUAGGCAGCCGCUGUAAGAUUGUGGUGGUUGGGGACACGCAAUGUGGGAAAACGGCACUCUUGCACGUUUUUGCCAAAGACUGCUAUCCAGAGAACUACGUGCCCACGGUGUUUGAAAACUACACAGCCAGUUUCGAGAUAGACAAGCACCGGAUUGAGCUGAAUAUGUGGGACACGUCAGGUUCCUCUUAUUACGACAACGUGAGGCCGCUGGCGUAUCCUGACUCAGAUGCGGUUCUCGUCUGUUUUGACAUCAGCCGCCCAGAGACUUUGGACAGUGUCAUAAAGAAGUGGCAAGGGGAGACGCAGGAGUUUUGUCCCAACGCCAAAGUGGUGCUGGUGGGCUGUAAACUGGACAUGAGGACAGACGUCAGCACCCUGAGGGAGCUCUCCAAGCAGCGCCUCAUCCCUGUCACCCACGAGCAGGGCAGCACGAUAGCUCGACAGAUGGGGGCGGUGGCCUACGUCGAGUGCACCUCCAAAGUUUCGGAGAACAGCGUCCGGGACGUGUUCCACGUCACCACGGUGGCGUCGGUGCGGCGGCCCCACAAGCCACAGCUUAAACGCAGCAGCUCCCGCAGAGGCCUGAAGCGAGUGUCACAGCUGCCCCUCCCCCCCCUGCCGGGCCGGACUGAGCAAAUGGACGAGGCCCCGGCCAUGAGGAAGGACCGGGCUAAGAGCUGUGUGCUCAUGUAGAGACCCAUCACUAUAAAUAUAUGUACAUACAUAAACACAGAAAUAUAUAACAGAGGAAGUCUAUUUAUUGUUUUUUUGCUCGUAUUUUAAUUUUUGUGGAAAGAAAUGCUUAGGAUUUUUUUUUUUUUUGUUGCGUGUGUGCAUAUUUUCUAAGCUGUUUACAUGCAGUAUUUGUGUUGUUUUUGAAAUGAUGACAAAUUGGACUAAGCCUCAGGACACGAGGAAGCUGUGAUAGUGGAAAUGCAGUCUAGUCCCAGUAUUAAAGAGGAAUUAAUUUCCUGAAACCGCUCUAAUAGGAGGAAGGCACCAGUACGAAGCAACAGUGAGGAGGGUGAAGAGCGUGUGAGGAAGACAUGUUGAAGCAGGAAGUCUGGGAAGGAAGCUUGUUUUCACAGACCGUGUUGCUCAGCGAACACGAGGACUAAUUGUAACUAGCUGCACUGUCUGAAGUUUGUGCCUGCUGCCAUAUUUGAGAGGAAAUGUACAGUAAUGCCGAAAAGGGAUUCUAGUGACUAGAAGAAUGAUGGCUCAAACCAAACAUUAGGAGCUGGAAAAAAGAUUUUGCAACACUGAAAUAUUAAAGGUGGGGUGUGAGAGCAUUACUACCACAAGUGCAUUUUAGAAGUCACAACAUAUCUGAAUUUAUUUUGCCACAUUUAACACAAUUUUUGUUAUCAACUCCAACUGUGUCAGAUUUCAUUCACUGAAGUUAAUGUUAAUGAUAAAAUAUAUUCUAUUUUAAAGAUGUUUCUUUGUGGAAAAUAAAGUGGUAAAACGUUA